GGUACCAGUGCGGUGUAUUGCCACGAAGAAAAGGAACCUCUCUGAAGCUGUUAAGCAGGAGGAUAGUCGACACAGGGAGCAGGGUCUGCGGGAUGAACGAAUCCGAUGUCGCAAAUCUUAUCUUCAUAUAACAUGGGUUGUGUUUUUUACCUUUAGGCUUACUACCCCAAAAGAGACGAUUGCCAGCUAAUCCUAUGCAGGCAUUGCUCCAUUUGUUUAUUUUGAGUUCUUUGGCUGCUAUUUCUUGGAGCUGUUUUGUUUGCAGGAAUCCUCUGACCUCACUAGCCCCUGAUGGACGGUGCGGACAGCUUGUCAUCAGCUCCUGUUGCCAGCAUCCAGCAAGCUCUGAGCACCGAGCUGAUAUCAUCCUGCCCUGCCCUCGCAUUAUCCGGUUUCCACUGCAGGCGAUGUGAUGCGAACGCCCCCGAGCAUAUGGUACACAUGAAUAUGCACGGCAAUGAUUGGGAAAGAAGGCACAUAUCUGUGGCCACCUUUCUGGCGAGCAUAAUGAUGCGCGAGAAGAUAAUCUGGCGGAUGGUCGGGUCCAUUCCCCCAUCCCUCAAUGACUGCACGAGCCGAGCCCGCCCCGGAGCGGCACGGGUGAAUGCGCCGCGCCGAGGCCGGCCGCCGCUGCCGUGCACGCGGCCGUGCAAAGGGGGCGCGGCAGCGGGUCGUGGCUCGCGAAGGGCGAGCCCCUACCGGGCAGGCUACGGCCAUCUUCCCGGCGAGGUCAAGAAAAGCUGGUUGGCUGGCUGGCUAGGAAUCUACCAAGACUUGUUAUCCACGUAGCUGUUAUGCCUGUGGUCCAGUCCAUCUUCUUUCUUACGGGGGAGUUUGAAGUCGUAUCCUUUUGCAGUCCAUAGUUUACAUUUCUCCCAAGAUUCGGUUUCGUUUGCUUUCCUUGCCCUGCUACCGCUUUAAGAGCGAGCAGCUUAGCGAGGGCGCCACUAAUGGUAGGCCGCAGGAGGAAAAGGCAGCUGGGAGAUGGGGAGGCGGACGAGGCUGCUGCAGCUGUGAUGGUGCUGAAAGAAAGGUAAAGCGGGCAGGGAAUAACGAGUAACUUGCAGGCCACUUCUUGCAGUGUUAGUGAACCAUGGUGGUAGAUUUAUCAGGGUUCCUGAUGCUUGCUUUCUUUCAGAAACCCUAAAUUUAAAAGCUUAAUGAGGGGGGCAAAAGCGUGUUUGGAGUGAAUAAAAGUAUUGCAUGGGUGGGCUGGGCUUUAACUAAUCUAAAGCUAGAUUCGAGCUCGCGCGCCCCCCGAGGCUAACGAAUAGUUUUAACUUGUUUAUUUGCCGCAAAGAAAGUUUGAGAUUAGGAGAAUCUGAACCCCUGAACCGCAUCCCUUUCAGCAGCUGCUUGAAGCUUGCACUGAUCUAAAUAACACAAUUUCAUGUUGGUUUAUUAUCUCUGCUUGUUUGCAACUGAAAUUCACAACCAACUGUUAGAGAGAGAGAGAGGCCUGAAUUACCUGAAGGUUAGAUUAGUGAGAGAAAAUGGGAACUAAAGGGGUCGGAAGUUUUGUAUAUGGUUGAAAUGAAAGUAGGUUUGCUUUGCUGUUGGGGCAACGCAAGUAGCUAAUGCCUCGAUCGGCACCCCCUGAUAAUGUUGACCACCAUUUUCUUCAACAAAACUAAUCAUGCCGAUCACGGAGGGCGUGUAAAUAAAUCGCCGUGCCGGGCAUAAAAAAACUUGCAACAGUCAAAAAAUGAUUCGGGCGGCAUAAUUUACAGCCAGGCGCCUUGAGGAAAGCUAAGCGAGCGGCUGGCGCCCAUAAACAAAUGCCCGUGAGGGUUGGCACUGUCAGGGAUGCCGGGAUGGCAUGGCAAUGCGGUGCUCCUCGUUGCUACAAGUACGCUGUGAAGAGCUCUCGAUCGGCUUCCCCGUCCUCUUUACGCUUGCUCUGUGACUGUGCGUGUGUGUAGUAUGGAGUAAGUAAACAAAAGCAAAGGUAAACAGCAUGAUUAAAGAGCUGUUAACAAAGAUAAAGGCGAGGCCGCCAGGGGCACUUAAAAAUAAGCUCCGUCAAGGGUUAAACAACACCGUGGCCAUGGUGGUGGUGAUUAGGAGGAACGAAGGAGUAAAGCGGCUCUGCCUGCAGCUGCACCUUCGCCUUGCCUUGCCCUGCCCUGCCCUGCCCUGCCCUGCAGCUGUGAUCAAUAUCCCUGUGGCUGUGGGCUGUGGCUCGUGUACUGCCCAGUACCCACUCCUGCUGAAACUACAAGUGCUAGUGAGUAGUGAACAACUGCUAGUAGCCCUAUAAAUCUGACAAGCCUUUCCCUACAACCCUUCUCUCUCUCUCUCUCUCUCUCUCUCUCUCUCUCUCUCUCUCUCAUAGUCUAGGCUCUCCCCUCUUUCGUAGCUCUUCUUCCUAUGCCUGCCUCCUCGCCGGAACAGAUAGCAUCAGAAUCUCCAGUGGCCGGGCAUCUUUCCUUUUCCUGCCAUAGGCCGUGACGAGAGCUUCUUGCUUGCGUGCUUGCCCCGGCUAUCAUAUUGCCUGCCUAUGCCGCUCGCUGGCCAAUGGAGGAGCUAGCUCUUCUUCUCUAGCCUUUCUCGUCUCCCAUUCGUCCAUUGACCAUCGGUGAGCUCAGUGCUAGCUGCUCGGGCACUCUACUCGCUCCCCCUUCUGCGCGAGCAAAGAUCGAUCGGCCGAUGGACAUGAACGAGAGCGGCGAGAAAGGGAUGGAGGGCAACGCGUCCUCCGCCGGCGCCGGCAUCCCGGUGGAGUGGCAGACCCAAUUCAGCGCCGCCGCCUUCGCGUGCCCGCCGGCGCAGCAGCAGCAGGGACACAUGAUGGACUCCUCCUUCGCGUCCGGCGGCCUGUGGGCGUCCACGUCUCAGACCAUGGCGCUCUCCGACGUCGGCGGCGCCAUGUCCGCCGCGCGGGGCGGCGGCGGCGGCGGCUUCUUGGCGCCGGUGCCCGGGUUCCUCCCGCAAGGCCUCGGCCAUUUCCCCGUGGACUCCGGCUUCAUCGAGCGCGCCGCGCGGGCAUCCUGCUUCGGCGGCGGCGCCGGCGGGGUGAUGGGCGCCGGCGCUGGCUUCGGUGCGGCUGAUCAUCAGAACAUGAACAGCGCGUUCAGUGGCUCCUCGGAGGCGCUCUUGGAUCACCAGAGGAAGGACGGCAACGAGAAGGGCGAGCCGGAGCUCGGCAGGAACGGACACGACGCGGUGCCGAGCUCGGAGGCGGCCGGCGGGGACUGCUCGUCCAAAGGGACGUCGGACUCCAAGAAGAGGAGAAGGCCCAACGAGGUGAUGGGCGGCGAUCAGGUUCAGUCCUCCAACCUGCCUGCGGAUUCGGCGAACGAGAGCGUGCACAGCAAGGACAAGGGCGAGGAGAGCAGCCCGGCAACGACCACCGGCAAGUCGAAAGGGAAGGGAGCGAAAGAGACCUCCGAGUCCCAGAAGGAAGACUACAUUCAUGUCCGGGCUCGGCGCGGGCAGGCGACCAACAGCCACAGCCUUGCAGAAAGGUUGAGAAGGGAGAAGAUUAGCGAGAGGAUGAAGCUUCUGCAGGACCUUGUUCCCGGUUGCAGCAAAGUCACUGGAAAGGCGGUAAUGCUUGACGAGAUCAUCAACUAUGUUCAGUCCCUGCAAAGACAAGUUGAGUUUUUAUCGAUGAAGCUGGCGACAGUAAACCCAAGGCUUGACCUCAACAUAGAAGGACUUCUGUCGAAAGAUCUUCUUCGCUUCCCUGGUGUCCCUUCAUCUUCCCUUGGAUUCUCCCCGGAGAUGAUGCACCCACAACUACAGCUAUCGCAACCAGGCCUGAUUCAGGGGGGCGCUGCUGGCAUGACCAAUCCGGACGUUUUCAGGAGAAUCAUUCAAGCACAGCUAAGUGCAAAAGACGGAUCUCAGAUGCCCCACGCAUUGAAUGGGUCAUUCAGCGACGUCGCGCAGAUGGGGUACCCGUCGCCCCUGGGGCCGCAGGACUUGAGCAUCAGGCCGUCACAGGACGGGUUCCAAAUGUGAGCAGCAGGCUGGCUUUUCCAUCUGAUCGGCGAACAUGGAGGAGCACAGGGGGGCAGCAGGGCGCACACAUGAACUGCCCCCCAGCACUACUGCUGCGCUGCUGGCCGCCGCAGUGCUAGCCCAUCGCAUCGGUCGCUCGCGUUACUACAGGAGCUGCCUUGGACUGCGUCGCCACGGCCGGGUUUUUAUUGUUGUUCAGAACUGAAAAGAGCCCCCACGGAGGGAGGCAGCCAGCAGCGAUUGGGAGGGGGGGGAGAGGAUGGGGAAUCUCUGUGUGCGCGUGUGUGACGCUGCCGGGCUGGAGGGCUGGAAAUUCUGCUUCUGCCUGGGCCCUGGGGUGGUAGCGCCAUUCAUGGCGCACAGUGCAGUAGCAGUGGCUGUGUUUGUAGCGAGCAGAUGAGCUGCUACUGCUGCUGCUCUGUGUGUGGUGUGUGUGUGUGCAGGAUGUAAUGCGAAGGGCUUUGGUUAUGUUCGUUCGUCCGGUUGCUUCUGUUUGGAUGCUCAACCCCUAAACGGGGGGCGAUGUUUAUCAUGUUAAAAAGAUCAAAACAUUUGACAAAUUAGCAUGUACUA